AUGCUGUAUUCUCUCUCGUAGUAAUUCCUCAAAAAUCAUGACUGCACCUUUCUUCUUGUCGGUGCUACUCCUACUGUUCGCAACCUCCCCGCUCUCCUUAUCCAUUCGGGACGGAUUAGUUAAAAAUGGAGACUUCGAGCUCGGUCCUAAGCCCUCGGAUCUGAAAGGAACAGAGGUGAUAGGCAAGAAUGCGCUACCGGAAUGGGAGACAUCCGGGUUCGUAGAGUACAUAAAAUCUGGGCAAAAACAGGGUGACAUGUUACUUGUAGUCCCCGAAGGAGCCUACGCAGUUAGGCUCGGGAAUGAAGCGUCCAUUAAACAAGAAAUGCGAGUGAUCAAAGGAAUGUACUACUCGAUAACGUUUAGUGCAGCUAGAACUUGUGCACAAGAAGAGAAGUUGAAUAUUUCGGUAUCGCCCGAUUGGGGCGUUCUGCCGAUGCAGACAUUGUAUAGUAGUAGUGGAUGGGAUUCAUAUGCUUGGGCAUUUCAAGCUGAAUCUCAACAUGUGGAUCUUGUUAUUCAUAAUCCUGGAGUUGAAGAAGAUCCUGCUUGUGGACCUCUUAUCGACUCCGUUGCAAUUCGAGCUCUUUACCCUCCGAGACCAACCAACAAGAACAUAUUGAAAAACGGUGGAUUUGAAGAAGGUCCAUAUGUAUUUCCCAACACAUCAUGGGGUGUACUAAUCCCACCAAACAUCGAAGACGAUCACUCUCCUCUACCCGGCUGGAUGGUAGAAUCUCUCAAAGCCGUCAAAUACAUAGAUUCCGAUCAUUUCUCCGUACCUCAAGCUAGACGAGCAGUUGAAUUAGUAGCCGGAAAAGAAAGCGCCAUUGUGCAAGUAGCACGUACAGUUAUAGGCAAAUCAUACACCCUUUCGUUCGCAGUAGGCGAUGCUAGUAACUCGUGCGAAGGCUCGAUGGUGGUCGAGGCUUUCGCCGGAAAAGAAACCUUAAAAGUUCCGUACGUGUCCAAGGGCAAAGGCGGAUUUAAGCGGGCAGUGCUUAGAUUUGUUGCUGCUACUAAUAGAACAAGGAUUUUGUUCUAUAGCACAUUUUACACUAUGAGGAGUGAUGAUUUUUCUUCUCUUUGCGGACCUGUUAUUGAUGAUGUGAAGCUCUUAAGUGUUCGUAAACCUUGAAGAAUUAUCCAUGGAUUUGAAGCUAUAAGGUGAUGCUAUUUGCAAAUGCAAGAAUCAGAAGAAAAAAUUAUAUAUACUAAGAGUUUAUUUUUGGUAUACAAGCAGGGACAUAAGGGAGGGUUUUUAAUUAUUAUGUGUGGGUUCUUUUUAUUAAUUAUAUUUUAAAAUAAGAAAAUAGUAUAUAAAUAUAUUAUAAUAGUAUGGAGGUUUUUAUCUUGUCUUCUUGUCAAUUUUAAUAAAUUGUUCAAUCUUUUUUACA